GGUCAAAUUAAAAUGGCGAAAGUAUCCUAGCAUAUAACCGAACAUCGUCGCAAAUCCGCAGGUCGCUUCGGAUUGUGGUUUUCUCCAUUAGCGAUCUCUCAUCGACCGAAGAUCAGCGGAUGAGAUUUUCCUGAGGCCGAUAUUGUUUAAUUACCAGUGAUUUCGUGUAAACAGCAUAAAAGAACACUUAUCUUUUUGCCAAUGGACAAAAGAGCGCCUCCAAGCCUUUUUGUUAAUGAUGGCUCAUUUAUGGAGAGAUUUAAACAGCUCCAACAAGGUAAGGAGAAGGAAACUGAGAAGAAAGAUUCCAUAGUAGACUCUAAACCCAAGACAGUUAUAUUGGGGCCUGCAACACGUAAACCUUCCAUUAUUAAAACCGCUGUGGGUUCUAAGACUAGUGAUACACGCAAGACCACCCCAACAUCUGGUGGCAAACUUGCAUUCAGCUUGAAACAGAAGUCCAAGCUUGUGACACCUCCUGUUAAGUUGGGUGGAGAUGAAGAUGAUGAUGAAGAUGAAAUGGAUGCUAGAAACAUAUCUGGUGAUGUAACAGCAAAACGGCAGAAGUUGGGUCAGUCAGAGUUAUCUGAACAAUCAUCAAGACAAGUGGAUGUUGCACCACCUUCCCCAAGUGACCUUGCAGUGAAGAAAGUUGCUGACAAACUAGCUAGUUUUGUUGCCAAAAAUGGAAGGCAAUUUGAGCAUGUUACACGCCAGAAGAAUCCUGGAGACACACCUUUUAAGUUUCUAUUUGAUGAGAGUUGUGCUGACUACAAAUACUAUGAAUAUCAACUUGCUGAGGAGGAAAAGGCACUGUCACAGACAGAGGAUUCCCGAAUAUCUCAAGGCGCCGGUCUGAGCUCUUCGGCUUCUAAGGCGACAACUGGUUCACAGUGGUCGCUGCAGCAACAAUCAAACUAUCAAAUCCCUGCUUCUGCUUUGUAUGAGGUGCAUGAGGAGUCUAAAGCUUCAGUUACUUCAGUUCAAUCAACAUCAAUGAGAAGGGCAGGUGACUCUAAUGCACCACCAAGUACAGAUCCAAUAGCAAUGAUGGAGUUCUACAUGAAGAAGGCUGCUCAAGAAGAGAGGAAGAGACAGCCUAAACAAUCAAAAGAUGAAAUGCCUCCGCCUCCCUCUCUUCAAGCGGACAAUUCUUCUCAACCUAGUUGGCAAUCAGCUCCAGGGAAAAAGGGUCAUCAUAUGGGUGAUUACAUCCCACUAGAAGAGCUUGAGAAGUUCAUGGCUACUUGUAAUGAUGUGGCUGCACAGAAGGCCGCCCAGGAAACUGCAGAGAGGUCAAAAAUCCAGGCUGACAAUGUUGGACAUAAACUCUUGUCCAAAAUGGGUUGGAAAGAAGGUGAGGUUUUGGGGGGCUCGAUGAAGGGUAUUGCUGAUCCGAUCAUGGCGGGUAACGUGAAGAAAGACAACCUUGGUGUUGGUGCUCAAAAUCCUGGAGACGUGACUCCUGAGGAUGACAUAUACGAGCAGUAUAAAAAACGAAUGAUGCUUGGUUACCGUCAUAGACCAAAUCCUCUGGGCAAUCCUCGAAAAGCUUACUACUGAAUUCAUUACACUAAUGGCCCGUUGUUGAAGAGAAAUUAUCAGACAUCAAAUCUGCUCUUAUAAUUUGGUGAAGAUGGUAGAUUCUAUAUUGUGUGACUGAACAAAUUUAUCUGGAAUUGUUCUUGUUGAAUCCCGUGUGUGAUGGAAAAUUAUGCUUUGCGCCUGUUUUUCCCUUUUCUUUUUCUCUCGCUUUCCUUUCCUGCUAUCCAAACCCAGAAGGGUUCAGGUAUCUUUGAAAUGGAAAUGAUACAUUAUGUUCUUAUUAUAACUUUCCCCAGCCAAACAUUUUGGGUUAAGGCAAUUGGUGUCUCCUUUGACGAUUUGUUUGAGCGAGGAAUUGCUUACGAA